UGUUGUCUCCUCUACCUCUCAUUCUAUUUUUUUUUUUUUAAUUCUCUGUCUUUUUCACUGCUUACAUUUUGCUUGGUACAGUACUGCAUUUUGUUUGGUCAGUGUAUGAAAAGGAAAACCAAAAGCAUAAGCAACCCCCAAGUUUCUAUAGAGCCUGGCCUUUGUUUCUCUUUGAAGAAACAAAAAGCCUUUUCUCUCCUCUUUUUUUCUUCACUCAAAGAAUCAUUGAAGAUGCCUAGACCAGGUCCAAGACCUUAUGUCUGUGAGAGAAGAGCUUGGCACAGUGAUAGACACCAACCCAUGAGAGGUUCUCUCAUUCAAGAAAUUUUCAGAGUUGUAAAUGAGAUUCAUACCUCUGCAACUAAGAAGAACAAAGAAUGGCAAGAGAAGCUCCCUGUUGUCGUCUUAAAAGCAGAAGAAAUUAUGUAUUCCAAAGCCAAUUCCGAGGCCGAGUACAUGGACCUCAAAACCCUCUGGGAUCGAACAAAUGAUGCCAUUAACACAAUCAUUAGACGCGAUGAGAGUACCGAAACUGGACAAUUUCUUCAACCUUGUAUUGAAGCUGCUCUCAAUUUGGGCUGCACAGCAAGAAGAACUUUGAGGAGCCAACGCAAUUGUACUCCAGGUUGUUACCUAAACCCGGGCACUCAAGAAGCAGAGAACACUACUCAAGGAAAUCUCACAACUAACUCACACUGCAUGGCUAGUUUUGCCGGCUUCAUAAAUCCCACAACCAAGAAUGUGACUCAUAUGGGCUAUGAAUCUCAGAAACACAUUGCUCAAAACAGUAACUGCACUACUAACAAGUUUCCUUUCGCAUCUGAGAAUGGUCCUUUUCCUAGUAAUAACCAAUACUUACCUGUAAAGAGGUAUCCUCCUAAGUUGUAUUCAGUUUAUCCUCUUUUCUAUGGAAACCACCUUAAAGUUGAAGAACUGCGGCAUGGUUUUGGAAUCUUCCCUAAGUCGAUUUCUAACACUGUAGAGCCUCCUAAGAUGGGUGUCGUUCAUAACCUCUUCUCUCCUGAUGUGGACCCUUCAAAUAAGAUGAACCAAAUGGACGUCAGAAAUACUUCUAACAGCCCACAUGAAAUUGCCUGUGAUCUAUCGCUGCGGUUGGGCCCUCUUUCAACACCUUGCCCGAGUGUUGGAAACAGUUGGCCUAAGGAUAUUGAGGACACUAGUUCUACCUUUCUAGAGUGGAACAAGUUCAGUGAUCUGACACCACCAAUUGAUAAAGGUUUAUCUUCCUUUCCUAGGAGCAACAGAGAUGACCCCUUGAACUCAUCUUCAAACGAAUGGAGUGUUGAAGGUGAAUAUAUGAAUGCAGAUGCAACAAUAAGAAAGCGAAAGACAAUUUAUGGUCCACCAGUGGAUCAUCAAAUUUGUUUUACGCCCAAGCUUCCUUACAGCCAUUUAACUGGAAGAAUGAAAAGUGCAGGAUACUAGACUGCCCUUUAGACCAUUGGCGUUGCCUUGUUUAGGGAGAGAUCUUCAAAAGUAUGGAUGGAGGUUCAAAGGUUCUUGGCAUCUGAGUAAAAAUGACCG